UAGCCCCAGACAACCAUUCCCAGCUUUGUUACAAACUUCCAAUCACGCUGUGGUGGGAAAUCAAUCAAUCGCCAAAUGGCUGCCAAGCACGGUCUCUUUGUUGCUCUCAACCUACUCCUCUUCGCCGCCGCUGUGUACGGCUGUGCAAAUAACUGUGAGCCAUCCUAUCCCACUCCACCCGUCGAGCCACCAUCAUCGACCUACGUUCCCGAGCCACCAGCUCCGAUAGCGCCGGCGACCGACGGCCACAGCCAUCGCCCGGCAGGUCGGUGCCCACUGGAUGCGCUCAAGCUCCAGGUGUGCGCAAGUGUCCUGGACGGCCUUGUCAAGAUCAGCCUGCCGGAGGAGCGGGAGAAGUGUUGCCGGCUGCUGGACGGGCUCGUCGACAUCGAUGCCGCCGCCUGCCUCUGCACCGUGCUCAAGACCAACGUCCUCGGCAUUUCCCUCCACGUGCCCAUCGACAUCAGCCUCAGUCUAAACCGGUGCGGCCGCAAGGAUUGCCCGCCCGGCUUGACCUGCCCUCGCUAUUAAUUAAUCUCGAUUGUUAUUCAAGGUCCAGCCACGUUAUUUAUGUCCAUGCGCACAAGGAGCACACACUUCUCGUCUAGUAUCUCACUUCAUUCAAAAGUUUAUUGCUUGCAGCGGCGACCUAUCUGAGCCGUUGCAAGAUGGAAUAAGUUUCUUCUAUAUUUAUUUAUCGCACCUUCAGUUCGUUACAAAUCCCUAUUGCAUUUUGGUAUUUGUUCUAAGGCAUUUAUCAAGUUAGUUAUGGAGUUUGUACUUGUACUAAUAUCUUUAAUUAAUUUCUUGAUCAA